AUGGAAACAGAGCAGUUUCUCGGCAAAACCGGCGUUCGUACAUUGUUCAACAUUGAAUGUGAAAGUGGUAAAGCAAUCAAGAACCAUUCACAUUAUGAAGGAGAAGAUGAAAUUUUACUUCUACCAGGCUUUCACUUUGAAGUUGUGGGCAAGACGAAUCCGGCUUCAGAUAUGCAUAUUAUUCAUAUCCGUGAAACAAUAUCUGAAAUUGAACUACUUGUACCGCCAUUCGGUCCGCGCAGACUCAUCACGGUAGUGCGAAGAAAGCAACAUACAAAAGAAAAACUACCAGCUUCUUCAGCAUCACCUACGGAUCAUAGUCUUACUGCUUCAAAUCCAGUUGUUACUGUUGUUCCAUCAAACAAACCUACAGCAACAUCGAUUUCAAAGAUUAAAGUUGAAAAAGGAAAAUCUUCUGCAGCGUCAGGAAACGCAGAAAAAUCCUCAGAUAUUUCUGCAAAGGAGGUAGUGUCAGAAGAAAUUAGGCGUAUAGCAGAGGAGCUCGUAACAAACACCGCUUAUCGAAAGCUAACAUUAUCUAACAUGGCAAUCAAUUUGGACGAAAUGCGAAUAAUUGCAGAGGCCUUAAAACAAAACACAACUGUUACACAAAUAAGCAUUUUUAAUAGCAACUUGGUAGAUGAACAGGUGACGUUGAUUGCAGAGGCACUUAAAUUCAACAAGACCUUGCAGCAGCUGAGCUUAUCCUAUAAUAAGAUAGGUGACGAUGGAGGUUUGGCUAUUGCAGAUGCAUUAACUAUGAACAAAACUCUAGAAUACCUAUGGAUGCAAGAAAACCAAUUAUCAAGUCAAGUGAAAACUAAGAUCGAGAAGGCAGGCGAAAAAAAUCCUGCUCAACGCAAGUGCACUACUUGGUUGUAAGAAAACAUAUAUGAUCUCAUGCAAGCAGUGAAACAGAAAUAGGAGCAAACUUUUCAGACACAACUUGAUGUUCUUUUCCAUUAAAACGUUCACACCUUUCCCUAAAAAAUACGCACAAAUAAGACGAACUUAUUUCCAUUCUUGAAAUGAAUUGCGCGAAACAAGCCAAUCUAGACGCCUAAAAGCGUGUGGGCCUGGGU